CUUGGUUCCGGCGGGCUGAUUAACCUUUGGCCGCUAGCCCUGGAAACCCACCCGGCCACCGCCGACCCGAGCCACCGAUAAGAUCAACGCCCCCCCGGGGUUUUGCAUUAGCAAUACGUUAGGAGGGGCGACUGGGCAAUUGGGGUUAGCGGAGAAACGAAGCACGAAGAAAAAACGAGGCCGCGACUGCGAGAGGGAGGGGACGGCAUCGUAAGAUCCCGCCCCGGAUGCUAUCGAAUUCCGACAACUCGCUCACUCAUUCAUUCGCCCACCCCCCAUUGCGGCAACGCCAACUGCGCGAUGCUGCAUUGAGAUGUAGCCCCUACCUAUCUCGAGAGACUCUAAUCGAUACCAGAAUACCGCUCUAAGGACAAACCCACCAGGCCGAUCCGCCGGACCGCGGCGCGGAUUUUCUCUUCUUCCCCCUCCCAGUCCUCCUUCCUCGCCACCACCGCUCCCCAUUCCUGCUCGCCCGUAGCCACGAUGGCAUCCACGACGGCCUCCCGCGCCGUGCCCGGCUGCAGCGCGCUGUGGCGCGCCCCGGCCUUCGCCCGCCGCGGGGCGCUGCUGGCGGCGGUGCGCCGCGCGUGCCCGGCCGGCGGCUCGACGCCCGCGCGGGGCGCCCACGCGAAGGCCGCUGCCAAAGCAGCGCGGUCCUCGGCGCCGACGACGAAGCCGCCGCCGACGAAGCCACCGCCGACGAAGCCGGCGGCCAAGGGGGCGGCGAAGCCCUCGGGCGGCGCGGCGGCGGCGGCGCCUGCACCCCCCGCGCGCCCCGCUCCUGCGCACGCCGCUGACCCCGCGCCCGCCGCCGACCCCGCGAAGCCGCUCGUGCUCGAGAAGCCGGAGCGCUUCAACCCGCCGUCGCACGGGGCGCGGCUGCCGCGGGCGACGCCGCGGCACUACGGCGGCGCGCCGGGCGCCGACGAGGUCGCGGCGCAGGCCGCGCGGUCGUACCCGGGGCUGCCGCCGCCGCCGAACACGUGGGCGCACCGGUUCAUCCACAGCCGGGGGAUCCACCUGUGCAUCACGCUGGGCACCCUCGGCUCGCUCGCCGUGUACACGUUCGCGGCCAACUUCCGCGCGACGUCGCCGUACGCCGACAUGGUGCCGCCGCUCGCGGACCUGCCGCGCGACCCGCUCGCCUACGCCCGCCUCGCCUUCGAGGCCCUGCGCCUCCACGAGCAGCACCAGGCCGCCCUCGCCGGCGAGACCCGCCGCCAGCGCGCCGACGACCUCCUCAAGCGCAACGAGUACCGCCGCGCCCACGGCCUCGAGCCCGCCACCCGCGGCUUCUUCGGCGGCGCCGGCGAGAUCCGAACCCCCGGCCCCGCGCCCCCCGCCGCCCCCGCCGACCCCGCCGACGUCGGAUCCCCCGUCGCCGCCGUCGCUGCCCAGGAGCCGCCCCCGCCACCACUACCGCCGGUUGCUGCGGAGGUGGCCGCCGAAGCCCCCGAGACGGCCCCUGCUGCGCCCGUCGAGGCGGCGCCCGUCGAAGCUACGCCGGACGGGAAGCGCAAGAAGUACUUCGGUAUCUUUUAAACGGAGAGGGGAUGCUGCGCGACGGAGAGUAAGUAGCCGCCGGUAUGUAGCACAUGACUUAGCACGCAAUAUUCUACUACAGGAUGGGUAGGACCGAAUGGUAAUACGUGUGGGACCGGAGACAGGGCCGAGGA